UUUUUUAUUUUUUUAUUUCAACGUUCCUUUUAAGGGUUUUGUUCUUUGUGAUCAGAUGUAGUGAAAACUGGGACUUUCCGGUUUGUUUAGGUCUGAAAUCGACGCAGAUUGUAUUAGGGCUUCUUGAUUAUCAGUUUCUGUGAUUAGAAUUGUUAUAAAGCUUUGAUUUUUUUUAAAAAAAAUUGGGUUCUGGGUUCUGUCUGCUUGAUUGUGUGUUUUGUCUGAAUGGUGUUCUUAUGGAAUUGAGAUGGAUCUUUUAGGAAAGUGAAGAAAAAAAUGGAGGAUGAGUGUAUAGAGGAUAAGCAAUCAACACCUUCUGUGUCUGAAGGCAGUAGUAGUAGUUUGCUCAAGUCACCUGGUGCUGUUCCAAGUCCAGCCACUGUAUCUCCAACUCAUAGCUAUGUGCCAGGAGGACGAGUGGUCCUGUGAGGCGAACCAAAGGCGGCUGGACAACGGAAGAGGAUGAGACAUUGAGAGAAGCAGUUCAUAGGUUUAAAGCCAAGUCAUGGAAGAAAGUAGCUGAGUUUUUCACUCAUAAGUCUGAAGUUCAAUGCAUGCAUCGGUGGCAGAAAGUUUUGGAUCCAAACCUUACCAAGGGACCUUGGACGCAACAGGAGGAUGAGACAAUCGUUGAGCUUGUUAAAAGAUACGGGCCUGCGAAAUGGGCUAUGAUCUCAGACUCUUUGCCAGGUCGAAUUGGGAAGCAAUGUCGAGAAAGGUGGUAUAACCAUUUGAAUCCUGGUAUCAACAAGGAGGCUUGGACAAUAGAGGAAGAGUUGGUUCUGUUGAAGGCUCAUCUAACCUAUGGCAACAAAUGGGCUGAGAUCGCUAAAGUCUUACCCGGGAGAACCGAUAAUUCGAUAAAGAACCAUUGGAAUAGUUCACUGAAGAAGAAGUCAGAGUUCUUAUUAGCUAAUAAUGGUAGCUUACCACCACCCACAGCAGCAGCAAAGAACGGUGUUCUGAUUCACAAGAGAGAUUCUGAUUCAGUUGCUCAAACCUCUUUGGUAACUACACAGAUAAUAAACAAACCAGAUGAACAAGGAGACGACUCUUGUGUUCCACUCCAGGAAGUAGUUGCUGCUGCUUCACCAAUGUACCCUCCUUCUUCUCCUCAGUUGCCUAAACCAGAGAACGGUUUUCAUCUUUACUACAAGCCUCAGAGAGAGCAGCAUUACAUGGCGUCAGAAGCGGAUAAGCAGCGUAUGUACGGUUAUGAAUACGGUUGCAGUCCAAGCACACCACCUGUUAUCUUCAUCACUCCACCACCACCACCACCACCGCCUCCUUUUAGAAAAGAGUGCAACAACGGUUCAGGUCCAACGAGUCUUGAGUCUUUCCUGAGAGAAGCUGCUAGAACAUUCCCAAACAUGCCUUCUAUUAUCAGGAAAAGACCACGCAAGGUUGUUGUUGUUGUUCAGGAUCACAACAAAACAGAUGAAGAAGAAGAAGAAGCUGCUAAAGAGGUUGUUGAUGAAAAGGUGAGCCCUGAAGAAGAAGAAGAGAAGCAGAACAAUGGAUCAAAGGCUUACUAUAUAUCUCCUCCAUACCGGAUAGGAUCCAAAAGAAGAGCUGCUUUCAAGUCAAGACAGCUCGAGUUCAUGAGUCCAGAGGAAGAGAAGGCUGAUGAUUAUGAUGAUGAAACUAAAUCAUCUGAGAAAGAUAAGUUGCUUUGAUGGAGGAGGAGGGACUCUCAACUCCCUUGCUAAAAAGAAGAUAUAUUAUUAUUCUCUUGUUACACGCUGGCUUUUUUUUAGUAUCUUUUAUUUUAUUUGUUAGGGUUAACGUUUAAGCUGUAUUUAAUCUAAAGAAUAAUCUACAGAUUACAUGAAUCAGGAUAGUGUUAAUACCCAAAA